AUGGAUUUCCGCCUUGUGCCUCGUGGUACCGACCGCAACUACACAGGAUUCCUCACAAAAACCAUAGUCUACAUCGCAACGCUGGUGAUAUUCCUCGCCUGUAAGCCUUCCCCGAACACCAGCCAGACAGUCCGCACUACUGACCACCCCCGGCCAGCAUUUGGAUUGACAAUAUCCUCGAUCGUCAUUCCAAAAUGGGUCAGCUACCAUAGCGUAAAGCCUGCCAAUCACUACUCUUACGGCCUUCACCGCCGCUGCUCCUCCCUCACCGAUACCUGUGAGAGCUUCCCCCAAAACGAAGACUGCCAUGGCGAGGACCGAUACUUCUGCUCUAUGUGGCGCUCCGUCGGGUUCCUGAUGUCCCUUGCCGUCGUCGUGCAAGCCAUGAGCGUGGUAACUUAUCUAGUUAUCCUGAGCGGCGGGAAGCGGCUCCGCGAAAAUGGGUGGGGGAUUCUAAGUCUGAUGGUCGGUUUGUCUGCCAUUGUGCAGGCGGCCGGCAUGUCGAUAGUAGCAUAUCUAUUCGACAACGAGGAUCGGUUCUUCGUCGGCUGGAAACUUGACCAGUCUUGGGUCUUUUGCCUUAUCAGCUGGUGUUUCAGUCUCUUCUGCGCGGGGGCAGUGAUUGUGGCUGGCAAGGUCCUACCCUCGGAGGGUGGAUAUGAAUUGAUUCCUGGUCACGAUGUGCUCUAG